CGGCGUCCGUCGAAAGCGGGAUGGCAGACGAAAAGGGACGAGCAAGGCGACGUCGAAGGAGGGGGGGAGACGAAAGCGGACGGAAUCUAGCGUCGAGGCGACAAAAUUGGCGCCACCCGUUGAGAAGCCAUGGGGACACCGCGUGGGAACGACAUCUGGCGGGACACCCACAAGGCCACAAGGCCUCCUCCUCCUCUGCCCUAACAAUAGGCCGAACCGCGAUCGACUGAAAUCAGGUCCCGUUCAGGAUUACGUCUCCUCUGGGGAUGAUGGAUCGCAGGCAAGACCCGACGACUCUCUAUUGAUUAGUGUAACGAAUGCUGGUGCUGUUGGUGUUGGUGCUGCUGGUGCUGCUCUCGCAUACCCAUCCACUAGCUUCCCCUGCUCUACCGCCCCCCUGCACCGACCCACAAUUCGUCUCUAUCGGUAUUGGCAAUUUCUCUGGGUUAUUGCGCUUGUUGGGUGCGUCGAUGUUGGAGUCGUGUUGUGUGCGUUGAAGCGAUCAGGUGGAUCAAGGUUUGGGAGCUGCUGUGAGAGGAAUUUGCUGUUGGGCACCAUGCCAGAGGAGCAGCGGUCCAAGAUUUUCAAUGCCGCGGCAGGGGCUGGUGCAGGAGCCAUUGCCGCCACUUUUGUCUGCCCGCUCGAUGUGGUGAAAACUCGAUUACAAGUUUAUCGGCCUACAGUCUCCGAGGUUGGUCUGAAAGGCGGGUUAAUAAUCGGAAGCCUGUCGACCAUUUUUAGGGAGGAGGGUGUUAGGGGUCUAUACCGUGGUCUUUCACCAACUAUGGUGGCUUUGCUUCCGAACUGGGCGGUUUAUUUCACAACUUAUGAGCAGCUGAAAAGGAUACUGCAAAGUGAGGCACACCAUAAUCUUGCUCACACAAGUGACCACAAGAUGACCCCUGCUGCCCAUGUUGCGGCUGCUGCGGGAGCUGGAACAGCCACUAUUUUGGUUACGAACCCGUUAUGGGUGGUGAAAACCCGACUUCAGACGCAACGCUUGAGAACAGACAUAGUGCCCUACAAGGGUACAUUUUCUGCUCUCAAUCGAAUAUUAGCCGAGGAGGGAUUUCGAGGGUUGUACAGUGGGAUAGUGCCAGCUUUGGCAGGAAUUAGUCAUGUAGCUAUACAAUUCCCUGUUUACGAGUAUUUGAAAGAAUACUUUGCUCAGAAAGAUGGGACAACAGUAGAGGCAUUGAGCACUCGUAACGUAGCAAUUGCAUCUUCACUCUCAAAAGUGACAGCUUCCACUCUUACCUACCCUCAUGAGGUGGUUAGGUCAAGACUCCAAGAACAAGGCUAUUCAAAAGGUGUGCACAUAAGGUAUACAGGAGUUGUGGACUGUAUCAGGAAAAUAUCUAUUGAGGAAGGAGUUAAAGGAUUUUAUCGGGGAUGCGCGACCAAUUUGAUGAGAACUACUCCUGCAGCAGUCAUCACCUUCACAAGCUUUGAGCUAAUUUUGAGGCAUCUUCACACAUUAUUUCCUGUGAAGCAUCAAACAGGUACAGGAAUCACACGGAAAAGGACUUGUAAAGAAUCCAUUCUUUAGACGCAUUGAUUGUUCCAGGUCAUUUCAGCGAUUGUGGUGCUUCCAGAAUGGGGACAGUCUGAUUUGUGCAGUUUGACUUCCGUAAGACAUUAACUCGCAGUUUCUGGUUGCCUGACUUUGACUUACAGACUUGUUGGGAAGCUGAAAUGAGUACCAAAUUUGGAAGAGGACCCGGCUAGAUGUAAGUUUGGUCCUGUUAGCUGCACACGGGCGCCCAGACUGAAAAGUGAAAUUUAUUUGCACAAGUCUGCCACAGCAAAAGUGAAGAUCUAUGAAUGCUGCCGAUCAGCCGUGAGGCUGGGUUAUGCUGAGAACCCUAAGAUCCUGAUUCAAAUUGCUAUGGAUCUGCCGAGUAAAAUUGCGAUAAAGACACGAAAUUCAAGUUAGGAAGGUCACUGUUUGUGUGUCCAAUAUAUUCCGGUAGUAUUAUUAGCUGUUCAGAAAGCUUGCCACAUCCAGUGAUGUACAAGCAGUCAAUUUUAUGAACAGGCAGCUUAAUGUCUGCACAGCACCGGAACAACCUUGAGUUAUACAGGAAUACAUGACAAUUCAAUGGUGCCCCAUAAACCAAAUUCGCUUUUUGGUGCA